UGUGAAAGAGAGGAAAGAAUAAAUGACUUCUGAAGUCACGAGAGAUCACAGAUCGAAAAAAAAGAAGUUUUGAAAUGGCUUUUCACGUCGAUCAAUCUUUUCUUUUGAGAAUUUUAUGUGUUGCACUUGUUAUAAGUUCAGGACAUUUAACCGUAUUCAGCGACGUGUCGCCGCCUGUAUCACAGUGUGAUGAAGUAAAAUGUCUAAGUAAUGAUUUAUGCAAUCAAUGUUGCAAGGGAGAAGGGUAUCAAUUUGGCAUAUGUGGAAAGCAAGAUUUGAUGCAAUUUUUGGUGAAAACCAACCCAAAGGCUUGGUGCAAGGAGAAAUAUAAGGAGCGUCUAAUUGAAGUCAAGCAACAAGCUACACAGGAUGACACAGAGGGCUACGCUUCUACUUGUAUUAGUGAUAAUGAAGUUUAUUUGCAGGUGGUUAAAAAGAAUACGAAGGGGAACUUGUAUGGGCUUGUUGGAUUGACCGAUGAUUUCAUUCGCUCAACACUUCCACAAUCUUCUAUGUCACAACCAUCACCAGUCACUGUAGGGGUGAUAGAAGAAAUGAAAAAUAGGAUAACUAAAUUAAAUGUUGAGCUUGCUGCAAAGGAAGCAAAGGAAAAAGCAUUGGAAGAACAUAUACGACAACAUGAUGAGCAGAUGCAGUAUAUGUAAUACCUUAUUUUUUUUUUUUUUAAUUAUUAUUAUUAUUUAUUAUUAAAAUGGCAUUUUCGUGAAU